AUUGCCUUAUUCUCUAGGCUUACUGUAGGAAUUAUCCAAUCACAUAGUAGGCAAUAUGGUCAGAAUGACUGAUUUGACUUAAUCCCUGUCUGAAUGGAGAAACUUUCACUGUCUUCCCAUUCUGUAAGGAAUUCACAUCAAAUUUUGCUGAUGCUGUUAACUUUUCUAAUUAAAGAUCAACAUAUUGUUCCAUGUUUUGGUAAAUUGCAGCUUCAGUUUGAUAUUCCAUAAUUUGAAUAAAAUAAUACAGAAUAACCGAACAAGCAUUGAACAAGUACUAGGAUAUAGAUAGAAAGGAUCAAUGCAAAUAAAAAUGCAGGGCUGAUAGGGUUAAAAGAGUCCCAGCUACCUAUGCAAGGUUUAUUGCUCAAAAUAUGAAUUUACAUGUAUGGAAAGGGCUAUGCUAUAUAAUUUGAAUGUUAUAAGAUUAUUUGGUUGUAAUUGGAAUAAUAAAUUUCAUGUUAAGUAAACAAACACAUAACUCAUACCAAAGCUUUAAGUGCUUUAUGUUUAUCACAUUGAAAUCCUUCUCCUCCAACUCAUAUGCUAGUCCUGUGCCCAGUACUGGCCCAAUAAAGACUCGGUCCAGUUUGGUCCCCUCAAGGUAUCUAUCAUCUCGGCUGAAACCAUCCGCAGUGACUACGUCAUGAGGAAGUUUGAGAUCAAGGGACCUAAGAAGGGAACUCUGACAGUGAAGCAGUUUCAGUUGAUGGGUUGGGAUGGUAACCAGAAGAGACCCGCCUCCUUAGCUCCCAUCCUCCAUCUGGUUGAUGCUGUUAGUGAGUGUGUAAGGACAUCACAAGCAUCAGGUCCAAUCGUGUUACACUGCAUAAAUGGAAUUGGUAGGAGUGGUGUGUUUGCAGCCAUCUAUUCAGCAGCUGAGAAGAUGAUAACUGACAGCUCUGUCGACAUCUUCCAAUCCGUGAAGAGGUUACGAGCAAACCGUCCCAGCAUGAUUGAGUCAGUGGAUCAAUACAGCAUCUGUUAUGAAGGCAUGGCAGAGUACAUGAAGAAGUUUGAUGAGUAUGCUAACCUAGACAUGUAAAGAGAUUGAUUUAAUAUGCUUACAGUAUGUCGUUUCUACCGGGGGGCGUUUCACAAAACUUGUCAUCAGAGACAAUUGACAGUGUUUGUUAUAAACUACUGAAAUCCUUGCUUCUGAUUGGUUAUUAGCAGAUUUGUCACUGAUUUUUGUAAUUUGUCAUUGAAAAAAAGGCUUUGUGAAACUGGUCCUAGGAGUCCAAAUCUGUUACCUGUAAUGUAGACCUUCUCACAUUAUUUGUAAGGUGGUUAGUGCUUGAGUGAUGUCUAUAACUUUUCUGGCAAUAUUUACAAUACCAUUUUGCUGCAUGUACAUGAGAUGCUCGUGAAAGAAUAGUUUACCAUAUUUUAGCCCGCGUACAAGUUUUUUUUUUUUACUGGAUUCUAAUCUGACCAUUGCCAUUCUUGAUGUAUUCAUGAUGUGAUACUAUGACUUGCCUGGCAAUUCACUACACGCUUUUGAUUAUACAAACAUUAAAAGCACUACCGGUAAUUGCAUUAAUUAGUGGAUAAUGGUGUUUCUAAAAAAGCGUGUACCUAAAUAUAUACAUGUAGUAUUGUAGACCCGGUAAAUACGGAAAGUGACUGUGUAUUAAAAUCCAUGUAUAAUGUGGAAUUUAGCAACGCUUGAAAGGAUUUUUGAACACGUUGAAAUAUGAAGUAAAAUAUGACUUACAAACAACCUAAUGUUCAAUAAAGAUAAGCCUUCACUUUUUACUAUUUCUGUCUGUUUAUACAUGUUCAUGUAUGUGGUAUCUUAUGUUAUUUAUAAUUACAUGAAAUAAAGAAUCUGUGGUUAUCAUGAAAUAUAUAUGUACUUUAAAGAAAAGAAUUUUUUUUUUUUUUUUUUUUACUGUACUGGUAAGUCAAAUGCAUGUCUAGCUCAUUCUCAAAUGUUUUAAUGUAAUAACACUCUUUUAUAUGACAUGAAUAGUACGCUAUCAAAAAGUAACUAUGCAAACAAGUCUUUUAUAUAUUCUUCUCAUUCAAAUUCACUCUUUCAAAGUACAUUAAUAAUUAUAAAAAAAUUAUGGGGAAAAUGCCUUUGCCAAUUUACCUAAAAAGAGGCCUAAACCUACAAAGGACUUCAAAAUAGAACCCUUUUUUAUGACUUAUAUACAUUUUACAAUUUGAUUUAUACAAAUCUUCUUCUUCUAUCGACUCCCCCUCCUUCACUCUUGAAGAGUCUUGGAGAUGCUUCUUUAGACUUAUCCAGUAUAUAUUCGAUUUUCUCCUUUACUUAAAGAAUAUUUAUCUUGUGUUUAUUACUUAUAUGUUCAAAUAUAGUUAAUAUUACUUUUUUCAUGUAUCAUUGUAUUUUACCUCAUAAGUGUUUUCCCCCUAUUAUUGUAAAGAGACUACAGGAGCUUAUUUAAUUCAUAUUUUAGGUUUUCAAAAUACUUCUCAUAGAAUUUGAACAUGCAUCGCAAACUUACAAUAGUUGACUAUUUUGUUAGCAACCCAAAUCAAAGUGCAUGAAAAAAAAGAGAUAAUUUGUUGUUCCAUUUAAGAAAUAAAAGUAGGUAAGUAUUUAGAAUCUUGUUUUAAACAUAACAUUUUGAUUCUUUUUAUUUAACAUCUAACAUUGUUACCACAAUUUUCACAAAGAUUCUAGUAAUGAUUAUUAAAACAUUUUCUUUCUAUUUCUGGGACAAAAUCAAAUUCAUGUUGAUUUGUAAACCCAUUUUAUUUUAAAGUUGUAAUAUAGAUUGUUAACCUGCCAUAAGCUUGAACAAGCUGAAUCAUUGAAGUACAUCUUCAUCGAAAUGAAAUAUCACUUUUAUACAUGUGUUGUAUCCUAUGGUACCGUACUUAAUAAUAUAUUUACAUGUACAUCAUACUAUGUAAUAAUGACCCUUAGGGGAAAUGUUUUGUUAGAUAUGUUUGUUUUUAUGUCUUUCCAGAAUUUCUUAUUCUCUUUUACAAUUCUGCUUUCAUUCCUAUAGUUUUAUAUUUUAAUAAUUUUAUGUUUAAUUCGUUAUCAAAUAUUGAUAUUUGAAUGCAGUGGGGACAUUGAUGCAGUAAUAAUGUAUUAUGAUAUUUUAUGAAAGUAUAUGUAGUUCUAAGUAUAUUAUGCAGAUUGACGAUUUAUUGAACAUAUCUUAUAUCAGUACUGGUGCUGAGAUGAUUACACAUAUAUGGUUAAACCUAAGAAAAGAUUCUGUUAAUGAUCACAUACAUGCAUAUGUUUUUAGUUUGAUUUUAUGGAUGAAGUAGAAAUAGCUUUAAUUUGUCUUUCAUAGUAAAAAGUGUGAAAGCUGUAAAUAAUAUUUUUUACAUAAUAUGAGAUUUAUAUAAUUAAUUGUUUUAUAUGAAAAUGCACGGUAUGCAUGUAUCAAGAUACCAAUUAGAAUCAUCUUUUUUCCCACUUGAAGAACAGAUUAUUUUUACAGGGCUCGACCACUAUAUGAGAACAUAAUUGCCAUUUCUUUCAUCCAGUGAACAUGUAAAAUGGAAUAGCGCAAUAUGCAAUUUGCGGUAUAGAAAUAUCUUAUUAUUAUUAUUAUUAUUAUGAGAAAUUCCUAUAAAUAAUUACAUUCCCAAUUGCUGCUAUUAAAAUGAAUUGUGAAUAAAUAGAUUUUUUUAUAGAGUUAA